GGUUUUGGUUUUUCCCCCCCUCCUCCCCUUGAAAGGAAGAAUGAUUCCUGAAAUCAGAGAGCUUUCCUUUUUCCUGGGAUUUUUGCUGCUUUUUAUUGCCUCUGAGAUUGAAGCCAGAGCUCGUCCGGAUAUGUUCUGUGAUUUUAAUGGCAAGAAGUACGGUCCAGGAGAGAGCUGGCAUCCCUACUUGGAACCCCAGGGGCUGACGUACUGCAUCCGAUGCACCUGUUUGGAGAAUGUGAAUGUGAGCUGUUACCAAAUCCAGUGCCCAGCCCUGCAUUGUGUAAAGCCUGUCACUGACCCACAGCAGUGCUGCCCUCGCUGUGCAGAGCCGCACACGCCGUCGGGUCUCCGGGCGCCUGUGAAGUCUUGCCAGUACAACGGGACAACCUACCAACCAGGGGAGAUGUUUACCACGAGCGAACUCUUCCCUUCUCGGCAGCCAAAUCAGUGUGUACAGUGCAGCUGCUCCGAAGGCCAGAUUUACUGCGGCUUGGUGACCUGCCCUGAUCUGUUGUGCUCCUCUCCUCUAACUGUGCCAGACUCCUGCUGCCAAGUCUGCCAAGACGGUUCCUAUGAGAAGUCAAUGGAAGAGGAGCCCCUGCAGUUAAACAGAGGUGUUAGACAUUCUCAAGACCAGUGCUUGGGGGAUCCGGUGAGCAAGAGAUUGCUUGGCGAGACUGCUUCCGCUGUGAUCAGUUCCUCGCUGGAGUUCAUUCCCAGGGGCUUCAAGCCAAAAGGAGGCGGAGGUGGCACCACCGUCAAAUUCAUCUUGAAAGAAAAGCACAAGAAAGCUUGCGUUUACAAUGGGAAGACCUACUCCCAUGGAGAAGUGUGGCAUCCUGUCUUCCGACUGUAUGGAGUCCUACCAUGCAUCCUAUGUACCUGCACGGAUGGGGUCCAGGACUGCCAGAAGGUUACAUGUCCCAAGGAAUAUCCUUGUGAAUAUCCUGAGAAAGUAGAAGGGAAAUGUUGUAAAGUAUGUCCAGAUGCCAAAGUCAAGCCGACUGAUGAAAUAAAUACCCCCAGAUGUGCCCAGAAUCUGAACAGGGUAUUGGUCUACAUGUUUGUGCCACCCGGUUCCGAGAGCCCACAGGAAAACCUGAGAAAAAUUGCAAUCGAGAAAGACUCUUCUGAAGAGGUGGAAAUUUACAGCUGGAAACUGGUAAAAGGAAUAUUUCAUUUGAUACAGGUCAAGAAGAUCAGGAAAGAGGAGUUCAACCCAGAAGCGCAGAACUUUAGGCUGGUCACCAGAACAAAUGAAGGUCACUGGAACAACUUCAGAGCCCAAACAUCAGGGCUUAAGAUGACAGAGAGUCCAGAGAAAGAAACAAAGAACUUGUAAAAAAAAACACAAACAAAUAUAUAUAUAUGAAAAAGUUGCAUUAUUAAAUAAACUCGCACAGCAAUAAAAGGAAAAAAAGACGGAUGUAAACUAAAAACUCAAGCAAUCAAACCAACGACGACAACAGAUCUGAGUCUGAAACACGGCUACAACCAUGGAUGUGACACCCUUUGGAAUGUUCCCAGAGAUGGGUUGGGGGACUCAACCCCUUGUCUCCUGCUCGUCAACGAUUUCAGGUGUGCCAAAAAAGGAGGAGAAGACAGGAGUGGUGCACUGUGAAGAGAGAAAAUACGGGCU